CAGCAAAAAAAACCUUACAAUUUGGUUUCUUCGGUUUCGCACUGCAAUCGUUCUUGUUUGUUGGUAGAUCCACACCAGGGCGUGGAAAUGGAAAAAGCCCAGCAGCAACAGUGGUGGAAGUUAAGGUGGUCGUACAGGAACGCAACCAUUUUGGUCUCUUCCUUCAACCUCAUCGCCGCCCUCUUCUUCCUUCAAAGCUUCCUCUUUUCUUCUUCCCCUUCCACCAGAUCCACACCAGGUUCACUAAUCCCUUCUUCUUUCUCUUCACUUUUGCUGCUUUGAUUCCAAGAAUUCAGUCUUUUCUUUCUUGCCAUUGUUUUCUGAGUUUUACUUGUCAUUUUUUGGUUGAAAAUAUGAUGUUUGUCUACUUGUUUGGCUGGUUCUUGAAUUGAAGCCUUCUCUGUGUGCAUCUUUUCCAAGUGAACAAAUUUGCAGGUUUCCUUCAUCAAUGAUUACUAAAGAAGAUUCUGUUGUUGCCUCCAGAAAUUUAUUGGGUUUGGGAUUGAGGGUAUUUUAGGGUGUGUGAUUGCUUUGAUAAAUAGCCUUUCUACUCCUUGGGUAGAGUUAAAAUCUGGUAUGGGUAUUGAGUGCCCAUUCAGCAACAACUUCAGCAUUUUGAAAAGAUUGUCUAUUGACAACGUUUAACUUAAGCAUUUUCAAAGUCAAUUUGCACCAUUAAAAAAAUAAGCCGAAUCCACGCUAAUUGAAAGCCUUGUUCCCAAAUGAGGUGUGAGUUUGAUGGAUUGGAUUUGGUGUAUGAGAGUUUACGGAAGUAAAAUUAGGGGUUGAGCGGAGGAGAUGAGCUAUACAAUCACUUGAUUUACCUUUAACAUCAAACAAGAUACGUAGAUAAGCAUUCUUAGAACAAACCAUACAAACCUAGUAUAUCCCACUCAAGUGUAGGGUGUGUGUGUGUGGGGGGGGAUGUAUGCAGACCUUAGUACCUUACCUCUAUCCCAAGGGGGUGGAGAGGGUUUUUUUCCUGAAAGGGAAAUAAGCGCUCUAUGUAUGUGCUAGAAUAUUCAGAUUCUAUGAACUUGUUUUCUUAUAAAACCAAGAUAUUAUUCACUUGAUGUUGAAUAUGGGCAACUCUAAGCUCAGGUAACAUAUUUUCACACUUAGAAGCGCAGUUGAAAGGUACGUGAAGGAAUCUCUAGAGAUUCGGCGUGCAAUGUUGCCCGUGGAUCUAAUAAAAAGAGUGAAGGAAAUUGAGGAAGAAGCAUACAUUGAAUCAGAAGCAGUUGAACAUAAGGAUGGAAAGCAGGGUGCUGCAGUAAAUCUGAUCUCUAGGAUAAACAACUUUCGCUCUUAUUCUGAUGCUAAUGGCAUAAAAGCUCUUGAAGAAUGGCGCAAGCGGAAAAUGGAACGGGCCCGGAAGCGGGAACUUGGUAAGAAUGGAACGAGCAUCUGACGGGCUGUGAUGGAUGAGAGAAGUGGUGCGUUAUUGGAUCAUUUUCACCCGUCUUGCCCAGAUCCGGUACUGGUGUUUUUUGUUCGUACUUUUGUAUAUGAGCUGACAGUCUCUUGGAAGUAUCCUUCUACUAUAGGGGUAAGGUCUAUCCCUCUCCAGAUCAUACUAAGUUUGUUGUAGUUAUUGAAAUUAUGUAAACUUCAUGUGAAAUACACAGAAACUGCUCCAUAUGGGGGAGUGUAUAUCACUCCCUUUAUUUGAUUGUGCCUUCCCCAAUUUGUAUUAUGAAAAAUUAAGAAGUUCAGUUUUA